ACGACAAUAUGUUGUUUUUGCUUAUACGUUGCUUGAAAAGGGGCUCAUUACCGGCUGAAACAGGAACGUACCAUGUUUGUAACCGAUUGAGUUUCUGAUAUUCGUAUGGGGGUGCGUUCUUCGGUGAUGUCAAAUCCUUCAGCAGUUAUUAAAAACGUAUAUAAACUCUGCUUAAACGCAUUUUCAGCGUAACAUUGUGAAUAAAAAGGACAUAACCUGAAUCUGACCGUUCAGUUUUUUUUUCAUUUGUACUCAGAAAGAAUAGUUCCCCCUUUUCUCUAAAUGGUACGGUCAGUAAUGGAUGCCCGUUCUCCGAGUUCCAGUUACCUGUAACAAAGAAGAUGAGUGAACUGAAGGACUGUCCACCACUCAAGUACUAUGACUUCAAGCCAGUGGAGCAUGUGAAAGUGUGUCCACGCUACACGGCCGUGUUGGGCCGCUCAGAGGACGAUGGCAUUGGCAUUGAGGAACUGGACACACUGCAGCUGGAGCUGGAGACACUCCUGUCCUCUGCCAGCCGCCGUCUUAGAGCACUGGAAGAACAGAGACAGAUUCUUACAGACUGGCAGGACAAAAAAGGUGACAAAAGGUUUCUGAAGCUGAGCAAAGAUGCAGACCUUUCAGCCUCCUCUCGCCAUUCCAAGCCUAAGAAGCAGAAGUUGGAUGGGAAGGCAGGGCACGGGCCUGGUCCCGGUCCAGGCAGACCCAAAUCUAAGAACCUGCAGCCCAAAGUUCAGGAGUAUGAAUUCAACGAAGAUCCGCAGGACAUACCACGCAACCCAAAAAAUGACGCACCAAACAGAUUCUGGGCCUCAGUGGAACCCUACUGUGCAGACAUCACCAAUGAGGAGAUAAGAGUCCUUGAGGAGCUUCUUAAACCCCCUGAUGAUGAAGCAGAGCACUACAAGAUUCCUGCUCUGGGCAAGCAUUACUCUCAGCGCUGGGCUCAGGAGGACCUCCUGGAGGAGCAGAGAGAAGGAGCCCGAGCCAAUGACAAGAAGAAAAGCAUCCUGGGUCCACUGUCUGAGAUAGAUGCCAAAGAUGUGGAUGCCAUGCUGAAGAAGUCUGAAUCCCAACACGAACCCCCGGAGGAUGGCUGUCCAUUUGGCCCUCUCACACAACGUCUGCUUCAAGCUCUGGUGGAGGAGAAUAUCAUAUCCCCUAUGGAGGAUUCCCCCAUUCCAGACAUCCCGUCGAAGGAUGAUGGGGCUGGAACGUCACCUCGUAGCCAGGGAAAAGCUUUCAGUGUGCCUCAUACACGUUCUCUGGAGGCCCGUAUUAAGGAGGAGUUGGUGGCUCAGGGCUUGCUGGACUCAGAGGAGCGGCAGGGUGCAGGGGGAGACUCGGAGGACGAGGUUCUGGCUGAGCUUCAGAAGAGACAGGCUGAGCUCAAAGCCCUGAGUGCCCAUAACCGCGCACGCAAACAGGAGCUUCUCCGAUUAGCGCGGGAGGAGAUGCGGAAGCAGGAGCUCCGUCAGCGCGUUCGAGUGGCAGAUAACGAGGUCAUGGAGGCCUUCCGCCGCAUCAUGGCUGCCCGGCAAAAGAAACGCACUCCGACCAAGAAGGAAAAGGAUCAGGCGUGGAAGGCCCUGAAGGAGAGGGAGAGCAUCCUUAAACUGCUGGACGGAUAAUAAAACAAGAGAGAUCGUUCUGCUGAGGACGGACUGUGUUAGUGUGCUGGUGUGGCCUGGGGACCAGAGCUUUUAAUAGGCAGGUCAACCAGCUCACUAACAUAAAGACAACCAACCAUAUGGAACCUAGGCGAAUAUCAGGGCUGGUUCUAGACAGGUCGAGAUGGGCAAGUCUGAAAUUUUGAAUUACUCUGAUAUAGUAUUGUGUAGAUGUAGUGUUGGCACCACAGCAGCUCCUAAGAGGUUAAAUAGAAACAUUUUUAUCUUAUGAGUGAGCUGUUCAGGUAGGGCUGCACGAUAUGGACAAAAUAGUGUAGUAUAUUCCUGCAUAUUGUGAAAUGCCCUGCAGUACACACAUUAGUGAACACUUGCUAUAACGUUAAAGAUUGGCCUGUAUUAUUAUUGACCAAAAAUUCUUAUGUAGUAUCUUGACCUGCCCAAACUCCAACAGAAACAUCUGAGGUGGGGUGGAUCAGGAUGUUCACAGCAUGCAACACAGCAUUUAGUGGUUAGGUAGAGGCUGAUUUGCAUAUUGCAGCCUUCUGCAAAAUCAGUAUUGUGAAGGCCAGUAUUGCAAUAACAGACAAGUAAUUAUAUAUUGUGCAGCCCAGUGUCACUUAAAAGGGGGAUUCCACUCAUUUUUCAGAAUUUCUGCAUAAUUAAAUUGUUAAAAUGUAAACAAAGUCAUUCAGAGUAGUUUGAUGUGAAAUCAGAGAAACUUACAGAGGUGAUGAUAGGAACCAGAUGUCCAGAGAGUUGUUGCACAAAGUGGUUACCAGCACAUCGAUGCCGAUCACAUCUUUUCACGUUAGUUUAGAGGUAAAGUUUUGGCCUAAAAUUUACAUUUUUUCUAUUGUUUUGCUUUACAUUACAUGUAAAACUUAGAAGACACCUGUAGGUUCACUGGUGGUUUUGGAUAGUAAAUAAAAUGGCUGUGUUUGUGCUGUAGACAUCACAACACCUGGUUCUUAUCACCACUACUUAAGUUUCUCGAUCACUUUGAUUGACUUUAUUUACAUCUCAACAAAUUAAAUUUACAGAAUUUUUUUUAAAUCUGUGAGAUUCCCAUUUAAAACAUACUGGACGGACAUUAAUGCAUCAGUGUCAUCUGAGACAUAAGCGUAGGACCAAACAGCGUCCAUUUUGUGGUGAACCUGCAUUAGAUUAAUACGUGACUGAAAUAGAUAGAAGUCUUUUUUUUUUAUUUAUUUAUUCUUCCAUCUGUGGUCCAUCAUAAUCCAGGUUUAGAACCAGCCCUCAGCAGGUCCCACUGAGCAAGAUGAUGUGCACUAAAAACCUGUCACUGAUACUUACACUACUGUGAUUCAUCCCAUCAUGAUGAUGCCUGAGCUCUGGAUUUGUACGGAGUACAAGUGCGGACCUAGGAUCAGUUCAUUUUUGCCUCUCGUACCUGACGAACACGAUAAUGUGGACAGAGUGGAGCUGAUCUCAGAUAUAUAUGUGGGUUCUGGUGUCUCAUUUACCGUGUUUGCCUUUUUUGUACAGUUCCCAAAUGCAAACAGUUACCAGCAGUGAUUGUUACUGUUGAAGUUAUUGUCAUAAUUAUAAAGCUGUAUUUUGCCAGUGCAUGAGUUACAGAGGAUGCACGUUAUUUUGCUUCUGUUUUUGUUUUUAUUUGAAACGAACAGAUUAAAGAGAGUAUUCAAAUGAAGGGGUUAUUGUUUGAAGUAAGUUCCUUUUGUAUAAAAGAGACCAUAGUGUUGUUGAUAUAGUAGUUUGUUUCCAUUUGAAUGGCAUCAUUCUCAGUGCCCUUGUGUGUAAAUGAACACAUGAAAAUAAACUGGCGGUUGAUGAGACAUCAUGAA